AUGGAUGGAUCCAUUCUUCAGCAUGGGACAACAGAGCAUGACUCGCAAACCACAAGGCAUGGGACACCAUACAACAAUGGGACGCACCCAUUUCCAUAUGGUGAAUCACCCUUGCUCACAUCAUGUCCUAAUUCAAGAGCUGAUUAUCAGCCUUGGAAUAAUGUUGCCAGAGGUUUGUAUGGCAUGAACCAAGGCUCACCACAUGAACAAUCUGCAAAUACAAACAGCUUGAUGAUGGUGCAGAUCGUAUCCCAGAUGCAACACCUGAUGGAAAAUUCAAAUCAGCAAACUGGCCAAAACAUGAUCAUUAAUGAUUGCCUUAACAAAGUUCUUGAGUGUCCUGAUGCAGUCGAGCAGAAGAUGGUCGAGAUGGCUGAAAAUGAGCAGUUGAAUAAAGGAAAGGACAUGACAGGCAAGAACAUUUCAAACAUGCAUCCUGUCUUGAAGCCCUUGGAGAAUGGAGAACCAUGUGAGCAAAAGGAGGGCAGCCCCAAAGUAUGGUACCUGAAUUGGCUAGGCAAAAUUGACUCAAAUGUCAACACACCAUUCAUUCAAGCUGUCAUGGAUCAUGUUUGGAAUGAUGACAUGGUAUGA